AUGGAGCUGCACGGAAAACACCUGUUGGGCGGCACCACCAGCGCCGCCGGCGAGCUGACCCUGACCGCGAUAGAUCCGGCCACCGGCGAGGAGCUCGCACCUUCCUUCGCCGAAGCCACCUCGGCCGAGAUCGACCGCGCCGCUGAACUGGCCGGCGGCGUGGCGCCGGCCUACGCCGCGCUCGAGCCGGAGCGGCGGGCCGACUUUCUGGACCAAAUCGGCGAGCAGAUCCUCGGCCUGGGUAACACCCUGCUAAAGCGCGCCGCGGCGGAGACUGCCCUGCCGGCCGGUCGCUUGACGGGCGAGCGCGGUCGUACUGUCGGUCAGCUGAGACAAUUCGCCGCCCUGAUCCGUGAGGGCUCAUGGGUCGAGGCGAUCAUCGACCAAGCCUUGCCCCAGCGCCAGCCGCUACCGCGCCCUGACCUGCGCCGGAUGUUGAUCCCGCUCGGCCCGGUGGCGGUGUUCGGUGCGUCGAAUUUUCCACUCGCCUUCUCGGUCGCCGGUGGCGAUACCGCCUCGGUACUGGCCGCCGGCUGCCCGGUGGUGGUCAAGGCGCACCCUGCUCAUCCUGGCACUUCCGAGCUCGUCGGCCGAGCGAUCGUCGAGGCCGCCCGCACCACCGGCAUGCCCAACGGGGUGUUCUCGAUGGUGCAUGGCGCCGGCCACGAAGUCGGCGCAGCUUUGGUCGAGCAUCCACAGAUCCAGGCGGUGGGCUUUACCGGCUCACUGCGUGGUGGACGGGCCUUGUUCGAUCUGGCGGCCAGCCGGUCGCGGCCCAUCCCGGUCUACGCCGAGAUGGGCUCCGCCAAUCCAGUAUUCGUGCUGCCCGGCGCGGUGGCGGAGCGCGGCGCCGCCAUCGCCGAAGGGUUGGCGGGCUCGGUAACCCUGGGGGCCGGUCAGUUCUGCACCAAUCCCGGCUUGACCGUGGUGCUCGGCGACUCGGCCGCGGACCAAUUGGUCAACCGAGCGGCCGAGCUGCUCGGCGAGGCUGGGCCGCUGACCGUGGUUCAUCCGUCGAUCCGCCAGGGCUUCGAGGACGCUCUGGCCGAGGUGACAGCCAUCGACGGCGUCGAGGUGGUGUCGCGCUCGGAAAAAGCCGCCAGCCACUCACAAACCGACGCUCGCGCUACCCUGCUGCGCACCGAUGGCAGCUGCUUCCUAGCCCAUCCACGGCUCGGCGAAGAGGUCUACGGCCCCGCCACCCUGGCGGUGCGGUGUACCGACCGCGAGCAGCUGCUGCGCGUCGCUGAGGGUCUCGACGGCCACUUGACGGCGACAAUCCAUGGCACCGAUCAGGACUUGCAGCGCUACGGCGACCUGCUCACUAUCUUGCGGCGAAAAGCCGGUCGCCUAAUCUGGAACGGCUACCCCACCGGCGUCGAGGUAGCCCCGGCGAUGCAGCACGGUGGGCCCUACCCAGCCACCACCGAUCCGCGCUCGACCUCGGUCGGCACCGCCGCCAUUCAGCGUUUCGCCCGCCCGGUCUGUUACCAGGACUUUCCUCAACUGGCGCUACCGGCAGAGCUCCGCGACGACAAUCCCAGCGGUAUUUGGCGGCAGAUCGACGGCCAACCCAGCCAGAAGGGCUCGAGCUAG